AUGUUAAUUAAAAUUGCUGUUACUUCCCAGGUGAUACUAGUCAAAUGGAACGAACCUUAUCAGAAGCUUGCAUCUUGUGAUAGUUCUGGAAUAAUUUUUGUUUGGAUUAAAUAUGAGGGACGGUGGAGUGUUGAACUUAUUAACGAUCGCAAUACUCCAGUGACACAUUUCUCAUGGUCACACGACGGACGAAUGGCAUUGAUCACUUAUCAAGAUGGUUUUGUCCUUGUUGGAUCUGUUGCUGGCCAACGUUAUUGGUCGUCAAUGUUGAACUUAGAUGCGACUAUUACAUGUGGCAUUUGGACGCCUGACGAUCAACAAGUGUACUUUGGAACGACUCAAGGUCAAAUUAUUGUAAUGGAUGUGCAUGGUGCGAUGGUUUCUCAAGUACAAUUAUCAUCCGAACAUGGCAUAACAUCGAUGGCCUGGUCAUGCGAGAAAUUUAAAAUGGAAGAAGGUGACAGCGAACCUGGCGUUAAAAAUGCUGCAAGUCGUUCUUUUGUCCUUGCUGUAAGCUUUCAAAACGGGUCGAUAUAUUUAUUGAAAUCCUUCGACGACUUAUCUCCAUCGUACAUCAACACAGACCUUUGUGAAGGUUUUUGUAUGGAAUGGAGUAACUCUCGAGAGCUUUUAGCUGUUGCCGGAGCCGAAAAUGAUGGAAAAGGCUUGAAGAAAGAAUCGGGCUCAAGUUACAAUAAUUUUCUGAAAUUUUAUACGGAAAGUGGACAAAUUUUGUAUACAGCAAAAAUUCCAAAUUCAAUGACUUAUCUCUUUAAAUUUGAUUAUUAUUUUCAAUUUCAGUCCCCUGUAACUGCCCUCACCUGGGGCCAUAACGAUCGUCGUAUAUUCAUAGCUACGGGAAAUCAAGUACACAUUGCGUGGGUGUCGAGACGAGUUGCCUCACUCCAAUUAAUAUGUCGUUUGAAAAUUCAACAAUGUUUAGCAUCUGAAGUCAUGUUACCGAAACUUCCAUUGCCCUCUCGAAUCAAAUCACUCAUUGGGAAUCUUUUUGCUCAAACAAUUCGAUGUUGCGUGCCGAAUAUGAAGUCGUUGCGUGAUUUUGUAUCCCGUCCGCCUGCAUGUUCCACUCGAUUACAUUGUACUAUGAUUCGACAUGAUGACGAUGCUAAUCAAAGCUCAGGAACAUGCUAUACACUUUAUCUGGAAUUUAUGGGAGGUCUUGUGCCUCUCCUUAAAGGCAAACGAACAUCAAAAAUUCGACCCGAGUUUGUGAUUUUCGAUCCGCAAGUUGAAGAUGUUGCUAAUUUCCUAUCCACAUGUUCAUCUGAUUCAAACACAAAUAAAAGUUUAUCAAGUCAUUCGACAACAAGCGGUAGUGGUCGUAAUGGAAAUACCGACACGUCAGAAAGUGAAUCGGAUGACUUGUGUCGAUCACCUCGAAUGCAAAGGAAGCGAAAAACUCGAACUAAAAAACGUUCAUCGGAAAAACUUUCAACACUUGAAUCAAAUGAAAAUGCAACUUCUGAUGAUUUGACAUAUUUAGACACGCUACCCGAACAUAUGAAGCUCGUUGAAGUUACAUCAAAUAUUUGGGGCACAAAAUUCAAAAUUCAUGGUUUAGCUAAAUCAUCGCUCCCAGCAAAUUUAGGUCAAGUUACUUACAAAACUUCACUGCUUCACUUGCAACCACGACAGAUGACUUUGGUAAUAACAGAAUUACGAGACGAUUUUCCAGUCGGUCCCGAUCCAAGCUUUAAUCCAAACAUCUUCUCGGAAGACGAAGAUGAAUAUCAUUCGAGGAGUCCAAAAACCCAUCGACGUAUGAAGGAAAUCCCUCAUCAUUCAGCAUCAGCCUCUUCAUCUUCACAUCCGCCUAUCGCUCCAAUGUCACCAAGACCAAAUCGUUUUCCAUCAAUUCGACAUACAAGACGACCAUCGCCAUUAGCCAAUACAAAUUCAUCGUCGUCAUCGUCAUCGUCAAAUGCGCCAUCAACUUCAAACAGCACACAAAAUCCACCGAAGUCUCUCGGGCCUCUCGCAAAAGCGGAAAGCUAUGACGAUGACAUUCUCGAGACACCUGUUGCUCCAACAAAGCAAGGUAUAAGCUAUUCAAACCUUAUAAGUUCUUACGGACGUUCAUCAUCAUCAUCAUCGUCAAACAAUCAGUCACGUGUUGCGAUUUCUCCGCUUUAUUGCGAGCAAUCAGUGCCAACACUUCAAUCACCAAAAAAUGCUGUUGCACCGAGUGAUAUCAUUUUUGAACGUCCACCAGCAGGUCAAACAACAUUAAUGAGCUACUCAAGCAGCACAGAUUACUCGAAUAAUGUUGUUCAAGUGAAAAACGCUUUAUUAAACGAGCACGCUCGGCAAAACUCCCACGUAAAUCCCGUGCCGCUAAAUCUCAAUUUAAAUCUUGAAAGAAUUAUCGAUGGAAAGUCAAAAGGUGCAAUCAAGAAGAAAGAUAUUCAAUAUAUUGAUGAUGAGCCUACGCCAUCAACAUCAUCGCAAGUGAUGAUUUUAAAUCCACAACCUGAUGUUAUUCCAUCAAAUUCCGGUAUGAAUCGUGCACAAACUGUUGUCUCUAUUUGCCCAUCAAUACCUGACAUAAUAACUCGAAGCUGUAGUGUUGGAUAUUUGGAUAACAUGGAACUUAUACCUGGUGAUGUGACACUCUCCCAACUUCGAAAGGAAACACCGAAGCGCCUCGUAUUAGUAGAUAGAAAAAUUCAACAGCAUCGGAAAUAUCGAAAGAUUACGAAUCAACAUCGUCGAAAUAUUCAACAGUCGAAGUAUAAAAGCUUUAAAAAAUCGAUAAGUCUUGACUCGUGUGAUGUGCUGCAAGAUAUUCCGAAUCUUAAUAAAGAUCUUAAUAACUUAUUCAAGCAAAUGCCAAAGCUUAUAGAGUCAUCGGAGAACACAGAAGACACUGAAUUCUCAUCGACUGAAUUGCCAUCAAAUAACACAAAGAAGAACAAGUUAACAUCGACACCAAAGCGAAGUCCAAAGGAAAAGAUUUGCAGUUUCUUUAGUUCACGUUCGGGUACACCGAUUUUAGGACGAAAGUUUAAAAAUUCCAAUCAGUGUAAUUGUUCCAUUUCAACAUGCUUAAAAUGUUCGAAAAGUGAUGAAAGCGUGAAACCGUCAAGUAGUGAAGGUCAUGCUGUGACUGCAAAACCUCCGCCUAUUCCAAAAUUGUCGAAAAAGAAUCAAAAUGAAUUUGGUGAAUGCAGUAAAAGUCCACGUGAACACAAGCGAAAUAAAAACUUGGAAAUUAUUACAAGUUUCACUGACAGUCCGUUGUUUUCAAGAAAAUAUCGUGCAGCUAAAAAUGAAUUCGCUUCUAACACUCGACCACAAUUACAAAGUGAACACAACACGCCAAUAUUGAGUAGAAGAAGUGACAACAGAAGCAGCUCAAGUGACAGUGGGCAACCAGUAGAGGUGACUCCAAUUGAAUCAAAGACUUCCGUCUCACUUCACACUCAGGCUUUAACAACACUUGAAAACAUCAUAAGCCGCUUAAGAGAUUUAGACGAUGAGAAACCAAAUACUCAAACAACUCCUAGUUCACCAAGUCGUCAUCCAAGAAGUUCACCUUCAUCUCCGGGACCUAACAAAAAGAACAAACGACAGCAAAGCUCUUCACCUAUACGCCAUAUCUUAAACUCGCCACUUCUUAAUAGACGGAAGUGUAAAAAGCCACCACUUGAGAGCUCUGACGAAGACGGAAAUGAAGACGACAACGGAACAUCGUCAGGCGUUAAAACUCCAAUGUGGAAUGAGAAUAGCCAAGUUUAUCAGCUUGAUUUCGGUGGGCGCGUGACACAAGAAUCAGCGAAAAAUUUCCAAAUAGAAUUUCGUGGAAAACAAAGAAAAAUUCAAGGUGAUUUCGAUACGAUGUCGUCAAGUGAAGAUAAUUUAAGUAAUUCCGAAGAUGAAUGUCUUCAAAUUGAAGAUGAUGACAAAGAAAAAGAAAAACAUGAAUUGAAGGGUAUAUUGGAUGAUGUGGAAGAAACAGCCGUGACCUGGAAAGAUUUGGGACUUAUUGAUGUCUUAUGUGAAGCAUGUGAAGAUUUGAAAUGGAAAGCACCGUCAAAAAUUCAACGAGAAUCCAUUCCUUUAGCUUUGAAAGGAAAUGAUAUCAUUGGUUUGGCAGAGACUGGUUCUGGAAAAACUGGAGCAUUUGCACUUCCCAUCAUACAAACUUUACUUGAUAAUCCACAAAGAUUUUACGCUCUCAUAAUGACUCCUACUAGAGAGUUAGCAUUUCAGAUUUCUGAACAAUUUGAAGCUCUUGGAUCAUCUGUGGGAAUAAAAUGUGCUGUCAUAGUUGGAGGAAUGGAUAUGGUAUCUCAAGCAUUACAACUUGCAAAAAAACCUCAUAUAAUAAUUGCUACUCCUGGAAGAUUAGUUGAUCACCUUACUCACACAAAAGGUUUUAAUCUUAAAUCAUUAAAGUAUCUUGUGAUGGAUGAAGCUGACCGCAUUCUUAACAUGGAUUUCGAAGUUGAGCUGGAUAAGAUUCUUAAAGUGAUUCCAAGAGAACGACGAACCUUUUUGUUCAGUGCUACAAUGACAAAAAAAGUUAAAAAACUGGAGAGAGCUUCAUUGAAGAAUCCUGUAAAAGUCGAAGUCUCGAACAAAUAUCAAACAGUCGACAAACUUCAGCAACAUUACGUAUUUAUUCCAACAAAAUACAAGGAUCUUUAUCUGGUCCACAUUCUAAAUGAACUCGCUGGAAACAGUUUUAUCAUAUUCUGCUCUACGUGUCAUUCAACAGUUCGUGUUGCAUUAAUGCUUCGAGCUUUAGGACUUGCAGCGGUUCCAUUGCACGGCCAAAUGUCACAAAACAAACGAAUGGCAGCAUUAAAUAAAUUCAAAGCGAAAGCAAGAUCAAUCCUCAUAUCAACUGAUGUUGCAUCAAGAGGUUUGGACAUUCCCCAUGUAGAUGUUGUCCUCAACUAUGAUAUUCCUACGCACAGCAAAGAUUAUAUUCAUAGAGUUGGUAGAACAGCAAGAGCAGGAAGAUCUGGUAAAGCCAUAACAAUGGUAACACAAUAUGAUGUUGAAUUAUAUCAGAGAAUAGAAAAUUUACUGGGAAAACAGCUUCCAUUAUAUAAAACAGAGGAAGACGAAGUGAUGGCUUUGCAGGAACGUGUUGGGGAAGCACAGCGAACAGCUCGAUUAGAAUUGAAAGAUAUUGAAGACAAGAGAGGUUCGAAAACAAGAAUAAGAAACAUGGAUGAUGAUGAUACUGAACAAUUUAGCGGUGCAAGAAAAAGAUUUAAUGGAAAUAAAAACGGCAGUGGUGGAAAGAGACAAAAAAAUUCACCUGGAUUAAAGGUUCUGACAGGGUUUUUGUCUACUGGCAGAAACUACUGUUCAAAUAAAGGCGAAGAAUCAAAAAAAGAAGAAACAAAACCUAUUGAGCUGGUCAAAAGUGAGAAAACAGGGAAUGUAACACUCAUCGGAAUAAAUCGUCCUCAUGUUCGUAAUUGUGUGAACUUAGAAACAGCUCAACAACUUUCAAAUGCUAUUGAAGUAUUUGAGAAUGAUCCAGAUUCGCCUGUUGCUGUUCUUUAUGGCGCUGGGGGAAACUUUUGCGCCGGAUAUGAUUUAAAAGAGUUAGCGGACAACCAGGAAGCUUCAGCAGCCAUGCUUCUUAGAUCGGAGGGUGCAAUGGGUCCAACAAGAAGGAUUAUUAAGAAACCACUGAUCGGAGCAAUAAGUGGUUACUGUGUGGCUGGGGGUCUUGAAUUAGCACUCCUUUGUGAUUUAAGAGUUAUGGAAAGUGAUGCUAUUAUGGGAUUUUAUAAUCGUCGUUUUGGAGUUCCUUUAGUUGACGGUGGAACUGUGAGAUUAGGUCCAAUGAUUGGACUGUCAAGAGCUCUUGAUCUCAUCUUGACAGGUCGUCAAAUUCUAUCAAAAGAAGCUUUUGAAAUUGGACUUGCUAAUCGUGUAGUGGCAACUGGCACAUCAUUAGGGCAAGCUCUUAGUCUUGCACAGUCGAUAGCUAAAUUUCCUCAAGCUUGUGUUAAUCAUGAUCGUGAUAGUCUCUACAAUGCCACCUACAAUUCUAACAACAAAGAUGAAGCUUUAGACUAUGAGCUUAUGUCGAGUGGCCCUAACAUAAUUGAAGAAGCGAAAGCUGGUGCUUGCAAGUUCAUUAACGAGGGUAUUGGAAAACAUGGAUCUUUCGCUGCUAUCAUUGAAAGAGACAGACCAGACUGGGAGAAAGAAGAAAUUCAGUUUGAGAAAGAAAAUGAAAAGUCUGAUGAACAAAAGUCGUAAUUUUAUUUAUUUGGGAUCUGGUGCUUUCAUAAAAGCUUCGAAAAUGUCGAAAGCUGUCAGUUGUGAUAUAAUUUUAUGAGCACAAAUGGAUGCUAAUAUAUUCCUUCAAUCUAUUUACUCUCGCCGCUUGAAACAUUUCAUGAUCGUCAAGGAUAUCUUUGUCAACUUCACCAAACAAAAAAUAUUUAAUUAUCUCCAGAGUUACUUUUGAGUUGAAAUCAGAUUUGGCAAUUUUGAUGACGAAAGGUGUUCUGGAAUUUGUUUGAUGUUCCGUCAUUUCAAUUUCCUUCAAAUAUUUUAAAUGUCACAUAAUAAUCACAUUUAUAUUUCUUUGCAAAAAGACGGCAAUGACUCCAAUCACAUUUGGCAUCACCAUCAGAUUGCGAUUUACACUCAUCCAAACCAAGGAAAAUCUCACUGCGAUCUUCGUUGAAUGAAUUAAAACCUGAAGAAAGGCACGUCAUUCUUUAACACUUUUUUAAUAGUUUUUCAAUUAAAUUUUCACUUGAAACUUCUUUAUAGUUAUUUAAUGUAUCUUCUUGAAAUAUUUCUUCAAUUUCUUUAUAUUUCCUUCAUAUAAUUUUAAUGUCACAUAUUAAUCUUCUACGAACAAUUUCGCACCUUUUUAACACGUCUUCUUCCUUUGAAUGUUUUGUUAAUUAAAUUAAGCAAUAAAUAAAAAUGCUACACUUAAGUGUGCGAUUUGCUUUGCGUAACUUUGGUUGCUGAUGGGA